CACAUCUUUCUAUUCCCAACUUUUCCCCUCCUCCACUGCUACAGUAACUGAGAGUCGCUUCCAGAUCGCCGGGCCGACCGGAGGCCGUUCUCGCCGGCGUUGCCGGUCGAGAUGAGCUGAGGGAAGGCGCUGGCCUUUGUAGUGUUUAUACUAGGUGUAGUUUUGGCCUUCGUGCCAGUAGUUGGCGUUUUGCCGUGAGGAGCUCGCCGGUCUUUCCAGGCCAGAUCCGGCGACUGCUGGCGUUCUGCCUCCUUGCCGUCCUCGUCGGAGGGGCGCGGAUGGCUUCCGCCAGUUAUUCCUCUAAUAAGGUCUGUGGUGGCUGCGAGGUGUGGCGGCUGCGGUGGCUCUCUCCUUUGGCCGGCCGUGGUGGUGAGGGAAGGAGGCCAUCUGCUCUUCAGCAACUGCUGCAAGCUCAAGGUCCGGCGGCCCGUUCUCCGGCGUGUGCGAGCGACGCUGGAUACCCUUCAGCUCUGAUCUGGUGCAGGCGCCUCUGGUGGGAGGCUACUGCUGUUUUUGUAGAGGGCGGAGGAUCCCUGAAUGUCUGUGCUCGCUUCGGCUCACGAUUCUGCAAGAUCCGAAAGUGGCUACCCCUUUUGGCCGGCCGUGGAGGCGAGGAGAAGGUGGUACCUGUCGAGGGAAGGGAGAUGAAGGUGGCAGUAUGUGUAGCUGGGUGCUAGAUGAUGGGUGUUGGCAGGGACUGUUUUUGCAAGCUUUCCCUACCAGUGAUGACAAGCUCAGGGGAAGGAACUCCUCCAUCUCUCCACAAGAAGAUGAUGUUGCUGAUCUUGCCCACAUCUUCAACACAUGCCCCUGUAAGCUUUGUAAGCCAGAGAUCCUGAAUUGCUAUGGUCAUCGUGUUUGCGAUUUAGAUUGCUGCACAGGUCAGUUCACAAGUGCAAGGAAAAGAUUUGAGUCUGAUCUUGCAAAUGGCCCGGUGAUCAUAUUAUUUCUGGAUGGCUUCAGGAUCACCAUGCCAACGCCGGUUUCCAUUGAUUAUCAUCACAGGCGUACUCGUGCUCGUUGUUUACAGAUGGUUAAAGAGAUGAAUAUGAUACAAUUGCAGUCUGGUUGCCACAUGUUGCUUCCUUGUCAAGUUGCUGAUCAUGCUGUCUUUGCUUUCUUCGUGCCGCUCGGGUGUAUUCGCCGGAGACAGAUGAGAGAGUCUCCGAUGUCGCUCCCCAGAUUCAGCGGCGAAGAUCCCAUCGAUUUGAGCUCGGUUAGGCAUCCUCUAGAUCUACAGCUCAAUCCUCAACCUCAAAGGCGCCUACCAACGCGAUUGCUGGUUGAGCCACUGGCUCUACGGUUGGUGAGGUUGCAAGAGGCCCCUGGAGAAUACAAUUGCAGGUUUUCUGUUCGAAUUCUCAUCGGACCCCCUGGCAGGCUCCAAUUGUGUUCUUCGGCAUCGACAGUUGUGUUCUCAAUACCAACUUUCAAAUGUGUGCAGUUAGGCACUUGUUUUAUCUCUGAUUUUCAGAGUACGAGUUGUAUGGCAUA